AUGUACUUUAUAUUUUAUAGGGCAGAUCGAGAUUAUAAUAUGGGUCCAGCUACAGAAAUGAUGAUAAAUGAUUUUGAUGAUGAACGGACUUUAGACGAAGAAGAAGCUUUAGAAGGUAGUGAAGAUUCUCACAACGAGUUGUCCAACUUGCAAAAGGAAGGUGAUAUGCCACUAAAAGAUCUACUUGCGAUGUAUGGAUACGGGGAUCCAUCGACGGAAAAUUCAAACAGUUCUGAUCGAAUAUUAAUUCCAUCUGGAAGCGGCGAUCCAGAAGUCGAAGGACAGUAUUCAGAUAAGGGAGAUAAUGACGCGGAUGAUGAUGACGACGAUGACGAAGCGGAUGCAACGAGUAACGAGCCAGAUCUCAAACAGUUUUAUACAGAAAUGUUGGUAAAGGGGAAAGAUUCAACGUCGUUAGUAUCGGGAUCAACGAUGAAAGGAAACAAUGCCGGCGGUGUAGGUACCGAAGACAAUAGCAGGCGACACAGAAUUCACGAUGACGACGACGACGACGAAGAAGGUGAAGGCGAAGAAUGUUCUAUGAUCGAUGGUUGUACUAAUAAUGAAAGUACGAGAACGGCUUCGACGAUGGGAGGUGCCAAUGCUAGCACUAAGUGCAGUGGUAUAACCGCACUUGCUGGUUGCACUACAAACGACAGUACCGUUGGUGGGGUAGAAGGUAGUGUCAGUAGUGGUACGGUAGAUGGAGGAGAAGAUGGAAUAGUCAGCGGUGCUAUAGGUAGCGGCACAUCAAGAUUGUUACGAAGCGUUUCACGACCACAAAGCGAAGAAGAAGAAGACGAUUGUGAUUAUAGUCCGGACGAAGAGGAAUGGAAAAAGACAAUCAUGGUUGGUAUCAAUUACCAAGCAGCUAUACCGGAAGGUCUUUGUCAUUACGACGAUGCUUUACCUUACGAAAACGAGGAUAAGAUGUUGUGGGACCCCAGUCAUAUACCCGAAGAAGAAACGGAAGAAUUCUUAGAACGGGCACAGCUACCAGCUGUAAAAGGUGGUUCUCUACCUACGGGGUCUCAUAUCAGAGACGACGAACAAGCAUUAUAUCUACUGUUACAAUGUGGCUACAAUCUUGAAGAGGCAUUAAGAAGACGCAGGAUGAACGUCGUACCUCCAACGGAUGCGGUUAGUCUUUGGUCCGAAGAAGAAUGUCAUAAUUUUGAAUCUGGAUUACGAAGUUACGGAAAAGAUUUUCAUCUGAUACAAAGGAACAAGGUUCGAACGCGAUCUGUCGGCGAAUUGGUGCAAUUUUAUUAUCUCUGGAAGAAAACGGAACGUCACGAUAUUUUUACGUAUAAGGCUCGUUUAGAAAAGAAGAAGUAUGCUUUGCAUCCCGGUAUCACGGACUAUAUGGACCGAUUUCUCGAGGAGCAAGAGGGUGUUCGCGAUCGUAGCAGCUCACCGAACGUGCAUUGCUUGUUGUACGGGGACGCGAAACGGCAAAGGUCAGCUGUCAGCGCGACGAAUAACGAGGAAGGAAAAUCAACGGAACCAUGGGACGGUGGUGCAGUUGAUCCGUUGGCAGAUUUGAAUGGACCAACGCCACCACCACCACCGCCGCCACCACCUCCUCCUCCUCCGCCAGCGGCACCAACCUCUGCAGUUGUUCAAUCACCGUCAGGUUCAGUUUCAACUACACUGUCAACUCCUCCUAUGUAUUGCACCGCAGUGUCAACUCGUCAUUCCGAUUGUUCACCGACCGACUCUAGCUACGUUAAUAACCCGCACAUGUGGUCGAAUCUGACGUCUCGAAGUCACUCUACCUCCUGUAUCGUAACCACGAUCACGAUAAAUACGACAACAACUAGCACCGUUCCAAUGGUCACGACCGUCGGUAUUACAAAUACGGUUACAACAACAAGUUCUACCGUUACUACUGCUGCCUCUAACAAUUUCUAUCAUUCGCGAGUGACGUCGAGAAGCAACGAUGUGCACGAUUCACCGUCGCCAGAGAACAUUUUACCUCAUUUACCACCUUAG